AUGCACAGCAUUGAAUUACACGGCGAUGGAACUUUGGGAUUUGUCGGCAAAAUAUCCGAGCUCUCCUGGAUUGCACGAGCAUGUUCUUAUCUAGACUCUCCUGCGAUGCAGAGUUCCAAUACAAAAGAAAAUAGAGACGACCACUAUUCUGCAACACAAUUCAACUACUAUACAGACGACGACAACCUCUUGAGUAUCGACGAGGACUUGGUCGAUGCUCUUCACUGGCCGGGAGAUGUCACUGUUAAAAUCCUUUCUGAGGCAUUCUUUCAUGCUCUCCAUGGGAUCUUCGACUCUUUCGCUAGGGAGCAGUUCUUGACUGAUUUGGACGUCUUCUCGCGUAUCCCACACCCCCUCUCAUGGGACCAGCGCCGGUGGCUUGGAGUUGCAAAUCUAACAUGGGCAAUAGCAUCCAAAUGGUUGAAUCGAUCAAUGUUGAAUGACGACCCCACAGUUGAAGGCCAUUUGGUAUACUAUGCUCGAGCCCGAGCUUUAGGGAUCGAUCACAGGAUUAUGCUCAAUUAUCCUGGCCUCCAAGGUGUGAGAGCCUCAGGGCUCUUGUCUGUUUACCUAUUUAUAAAUGGCUCAAUCAACAAAGCGUGGAUAUUGGUAGGUUUGGCCAUGAGAGCAGCAAUAUGUAUCGGGCUACACCUCAAAGCCGCAGAUGGUGUUUUGAAACCGUCACAGCUUGAAGAAAGAGUUCGUCUAUGGUACUCGCUCUACAGCCUCGAAGUGACCGUAUCGGAAGUGUUUGGGAAGCCACCCUCGCUUUCGCUUGGGUAUACCACUGUAACCCUUGACGCCCUGAAAAGCGCUACGGAUGAGAAUGCCUCUAUUCUUUCUGAUGCUGUCGGCAGCAAAAAGCUAUGGCUAGAUUUUCUGCGUAGCCGGAGAAAUGUCACACAAACGAUGCGUGGCGGCCAGGUGCCCUGGCAAAACCUUCAAUUUGUCGGCUACACACCGCCUGAACAGCACCGGUCUUUUCGCGUGCAGCUUUCCAGGCUCAGUAAUAGAGUCAUGACAGAACUUUAUAUGCCAAACCAGAAGGUGACAUGGGCGGAGACACAGGAGAGAAUUGGAACACUCGACACUGAACUCGCAGAGUGGGAGCAAAGUUUACCCGAAGACCUCAGCCUACAAAGCGUUGUACCCACGAGUACGGAUCCUCGAGCAAAAAUCGAUCUGGCACUAUACUACUAUAGCAUCAGGAUGAUCUUAUUCAGGCCCUGUUUGUGCCAUAUUCGCAUCCAAGGCGAGUCCGACACCUCCAAGAAAUUCAACUCUAAUAGUGCAUGGAAUUGUGUUUAUGCAGCGAUAUCGAUAGUCGAUAUCUUCCCAGACGACCCAACACCUCAUGAAGCGUACCAACUGCUUCCUUGGGCGAUGCUCCUCCACUAUCUCGGACAAGUCAUGGCGAUUUUCAUCCUCGAACUAUGCCUGAAUAUGGAGCAUUUUGGGAAUUCAGCGAAUCAUCUGACACCGCACGUCACGAAGGCCAUGUCCUAUCUCUGGUGUCUCACCUCCAACUCUCUAUCAGCGUACAAAGCCUGGAGAAUAUAUCGACGGAUGCUCUCGGUUGUCAGCGAACAGGUAGACGGUUUCGAUAUCACCAAUAUUCCCAUAAACGCAUGCGUGCCACAAGCCUGGACAUUGAUCGACGAGACAGCCCUGCAGAAUGUCCUACAACCCAUUGGCAAUCCAGGAAUGCAUCAUUGA